GCCCUUCUUCAUGCUGUGAGGGAAAGUUUGGUUCGAAUGCGAAUGAAAGCAAGAAAACUAUUACACCACCCGCGAUCGCCGCAAAAAAGGUUCAGGGACAGGGAACAGAUCUGUGCUAAGAGGUACAGAUCACUGGGCCCCUUUCAAGACACUGUUCUAGCUCGAGCGUGGAAUAGGCAAGGCCCACCGCGCGAAGGAAACUGUUUUCUUCCGUGGCGUGUACAAAAUUCUGGAAAAGUUCCCCCAGUAUUGAACGAUACCUGGAAUAUCGAAUAUCAAGACUUUCCGUCCGAAUUUCAAAGCAACACACUAGCCGACCAAGAAAUUCCCGGUCUCGAUGCUAUGCAAACCACUAACGGACGCAUUUUCGUAUCGAACAAACCCAACGAGGACUAUGAGCAGGACCAGCAGGUCUCACUACAUACUCGACCAAUGAGCAGAUGAUACAUAAGCCUGUCAACGGUGCAGUGACCGGGAACGAUGCGGAAAUAAUAUUACAGAACAUCGACUUGAACUCCGAUUAAACCUAGACUACUACUGCCACUGCAUCCACGGUUUCGACA